UUUGUUUGGAAAGAAUCUAACGCUGCUGCGAUUAAUAUGGAUUGUGGUAGACGAUUCGUGAGGGAGAGGAAAAUUAUAGAUGGAGAAGAAAGUUAUCUUGGAGAGUUUCCUUGGAUGAUUUCAGUUGUUGGGCUAAAUGAGAAUAGGACAGCCUUGGCACAUAGAUGUGGCGCUGUUAUUUUAAAUAAACGUUGGAUAUUAACGGCUGCGCAUUGCAUUCAUCCUGAUGAAGGACCUAGUGAUUUUCUAAUUCGCAUCAAAAGCUUCAAAGUAUAUCCAGAAAAAGAAAGUAAACUGAUCGUUCAGAAAGUGAUUAAAGUGAUCAAACAUAAGGGUUUUGAUCAAUCGUACGAUUUCAAUGACGAUAUUGCAUUGAUGAAGGUGGAAAAUGACAUUGAAUUCGAUGCAUUUGCUUCUCCAAUUUGUCUUCCUGAGAGUUCGUUUGAUGCUAUUGGAAAGACAGGAAUAGUGGCAGGAUGGGGAGUUACUAAAGGUGAUACCAGCGUAUUAUCUCCCAGUCUUCGAAAAGUUGAAUUACCAAUAAUAAGCAUUAGUAAAUGUCUAACGUGGUUUAAUGAUUCGGGAUAUUCUUAUGUUAGAGUAAGAAAUACAGAGCUAUGUGCAGGAUAUGAAAAUAAAAGGAAAGAUUCAUGCCACGGAGACUCGGGAGGACCACUGUUUAUGAAAAUAAACGAUAGAUAUACAAUAGUCGGUAUAGUAUCUCAUGGAAUAAAAUGCGGCCAUGCCAAAAUGCCUGGUAUCUAUACAAAAGUAGCUUCGUAUCUUACUUGGAUUGAAUCUACAAUGAGAAACAAUUAAU